AUGUCGGCGGCGUCCUCCCCUCCUCCGGCCGACGCGGCGGCCGCGGGGGCGGAGACGGAGGCCGCGCCCGUCGUCUUCUACUGCUACGAGUGCCAGGCCACCGUCUCCCUCCCUGCGCCGGCCGCCACGCCCUCGCGGCUACUGCUCUGCCCCCGUUGCCGCAGCGACUUCCUCGAGGAGAACCCUAAUCCGUCGACCUCGUCCCCUCCACCGCCGCCGCCCCCGCCGUCGGGAUUCCUCUCCGACUCCUCGGAGGAGCCCGACGACAUCGACCUCGGGAUCGAUCACACCGCUGCCCAGGCCUACCUCACCCGCCUCGUUCGCCGCCUCUACGACGAUCCCACCUCCGUGGCCACCGCCGCGGCCGCGGCGGUGUCCGUGCUGCAGCAGCAGGGGCACAUCGGUGGGCAGGGCCAGCCCCCGGCGCCCGCGGCGUCCAUCGCCGCCGUGCCGACGGUGGAGGUGUCCGAGCCCGCCUCGGUCUGCGCCAUCUGCAAGGACGACCUCCCUCUCGCCGUCGCCGCGCGGAGGCUCCCCUGCGGUCACCUCUAUCACUCCGUUUGCAUCGUGCAGUGGCUGGAGAUGCACAAUUCCUGCCCUGUCUGCCGCUCUUGCCUCCCGCCCACUAUCCUCGAGGAGGUGGAGCCCCAGGAACUGGAUCGGCCACCAACACAGAUCACUAUCAGGUUUACCACCAACCGCCGCCGCAUCCGCACAAACAGUGAUGCAGUGGCUCCGGUCGCGACAUCGCCUACUCAGCUCGCAGAGGCGAUGACAGGGGAAGGAGGUACUGGACCUGCGAAUAGCGCAGAAACUGUAUCGUCUGAAUGGCCACCGCCCCCAGAAUCUGAUGCCGUCGUGUCAGAGACCCGUGAGAUUGAGGGCUUCUUUGAUUGA